GGUUAAUGUAGCCAUAGAGCGAUACUCAGCUUCAGCCGAUGAGCGAGACACCGUGAGCUGUUUUUUCAUACGCCAUGAGAUAGAUUUUACAUCUCUCGUUAGUGAUCAUCUCCCUACGAGUUGGGGUUUCGUUCCUUCACUUUCAUCAUCGACAAAUAGCGGCCGUCGGUCGAUUUUGGUCGUGCAAGUAGGCUUGGGACCAGGGAUGCGCUUUGGUGAUCAAGGCUCGAUUUCUACUGUUGUUUCUGGUCGAAGGUCGAGUGUUGACAAAGAACAAGCGGAUAAGCUGUGUCGGAGCUUGGGUUUGAUUCAACAAUCAAGUGAUAUCAAUGGAGGCUAUCAUCAAUCAAUACAAAAACAUGGCUAUUGAGGCGGAUGAGCAGCAGGCGCGUCCCCCUCCCGAGCCGCCGCCAUGAAGUGCAAGUGAGUCUAGGGUUUGCAAGAAGAUGAGUGAACUCUCUUUUAAUUAUGUUCUAUUCCACUUGUGUUUUUCUUUCGAAUUGCAUGUUGUUUUGGACGUGUUGUUAUUUCCUAGGAGAGAAAUUCUAGAAUGUAAGUCAGGUGAUGAGAAGUCUGGUUUGUUUGUCAUUGGC